UUUCGAUUAAUACAACCAAAUACCAAAUACAAAAACUUAGAAAAUCCUUCAUAUUUCGAAAUUGACACUUUGUGGAAAGUUCAAAAUUCAAUGAUGUUGCAUGUAGUCCCCCACUCUUGUUGAAAUCAUAACACCAACUACCAUUCAUCCAAUUUCUAUUCCUAUGAUCUAAAAAGACCAAUCCCAUUAGGAAACUUCAAACUUGUAGAAUUGUAUUUUAGGCAUUGGCUCACCAAAUCAAACAAAUCAACUCAACAACUUUGCUUUUCCUCACCUUCUUCAUCUUCCAUGCUUCUUCUCUACUAAAUCCUUCUUCUAGGUCCGCAAAUUUCCGAUGAAUCCUGGAUUUUCCGGCGGAAGGCCGCCGAAAACAACCUUCGACGGCGAAACUCCGGCGAACUCCAGAAAAAAAUGGACGAAUUUAAUGCCGUUUUUCAUUGCUUUAGUUGUAAUUGCAGAAAUUACUUUUUUAGGUCGCCUUGAUAUGGCUAAAAAUGCUGCUAUGGUUAACUCGUGGGCGGACUCGUUGUUGCACCAAUCGUCGCCGGCUGUUUCGUUCCUCGCCGCCGAUGACGGCGAUGGCGGUGGUGCGGCGUCGGAAGCGGAGGAAGAUGGUGGUUUUUGUGAGAGCUGGUUGCUUAAAGAGGAUACAGUGAUUUAUUCUAGGGAUUUUGAUAAAGAUCCUGUUUUGGUUGCUGGUGGUGAUCAGGAGUGGAAUACUUGCUCGGUGGGAUGCAAGUUUGGACAGGAUUCUGGUAGGAAACCAGAUGCUGCAUUUGGUUGGCCUCAAGGGCAUGGAACGGCUAGUGUGCUCCGUUCAAUGGAAUCAGCUCAGUAUUAUGCAGAAAACAAUAUUGCCAAUGCACGAGGGAAGGGUUAUGACGUCAUUAUGACCACUAGUCUGUCAUCUGAUGUUCCAGUAGGAUAUUUCUCUUGGGCAGAGUAUGACAUCAUGGCACCUGUGCAACCAAAAACCGAGAGUGCUUUGGCUGCAGCUUUCAUCUCUAAUUGUGGUGCUCACAACUUUCGUUUGCAAGCACUUGAAGGUCUUGAGAAGAGUGGGAUGAAGAUAGAUUCUUAUGGUGGUUGUCACCGUAACCGAGAUGGAAGAGUUGACAAAGUUGAAACAUUGAAGCGGUAUAAAUUUAGCUUGGCUUUUGAAAAUUCGAAUGAGGAGGACUAUGUCACAGAGAAAUUCUUCCAGUCCCUUGUUGCUGGGACAAUUCCUGUUGUUGUUGGCGCUCCAAAUAUUCAAGACUUUGCUCCUUGCCCUGGAUCAGUGCUGCAUAUAAAGGAGCUGGAAGAUAUUGAUUCAGUUGCCAAGACUAUGAAGUAUCUUGCUGAAAACUCUGUUGCAUACAACCAGUCAUUGAGGUGGAAAUAUGACGGCCCAAAUGACUCUUUCAAGGCCCUAGUUGAUAUGGCUGCAGUUCACUCAUCAUGCCGCCUUUGCAUUCACCUGGCAACUAGAAUCCGUGAGGAUGAAGAGAGAAGAACAGGAUUGAAGAAACGUCCUUGCAAGUGUUCUAGAGGCUCAGAAACUAUUUAUCAUAUAUACGUAAGGGAAAGAGGCAGAUUUGAGAUGGAGUCUAUUUUCCUUAGGUCUAACAAUUUGACGAUGGAGGCCUUGGAGUCUGCAGUACUGAAGAAGUUUAGUUACUUGAGACAUGUGCCUAUUUGGAAACUUGAAAGACCUGAAAGUAUUAGAGGAGACGAGCUCAAAGUUUAUAGAAUAUAUCCUCUUGGCAUGACACAGAGACAGGCUUUGUAUACCUUUAAAUUUAAGGAGAGUGAUUUUAGAAGUCAUAUGGAAAACAAUCCAUGCUCUAAGUUUGAGGUCAUAUUUGUUUGAGUAGAUAUGUAUUUCCAGUUUUCAACCUUGAGGGUGAGCAUCAGGCGAUGCUGCUUUUAUACUAUAGUUAUAGUUGAUACUCGUAGAGUCGUAGUCAUUGACUCUGUUUAUUCAUGACAGUGGGGGGAUCCACGUCUAGUCGUGUAGCUAAUUGACUAAUAAGUAGAAAUGAAAAAACCUCACUGCCUGUUGUAUUGGUUGCCAGUGGCCUGGUGGAUACUGUUCGCAUUUGGAACUUGAAGGUUAUUACAAGAUACAAGUUUUGAAGGAGCCCUUGAUAGUUCAUUUACCAUGCACUAAACAAUCAAGCCGACAGUUCAGCAGAGUUUUGUGCGCGCUGAAAAGUGCUUUUUUUGUGCUUUGGAUUGCAGGCUCACAGCUGAGUUUUUCACUGACUCGUCUGUGUUGAUGUCGGUUUUGGCUAGUUCUGCUUUUGAAGCAAUUUCAAUCAAGUUUCCAGAUGUUGAAAAAUUACCAUCUGGGUACUGAUUUUUAAUUUUAUGUACGGCUAAUAGAUCUAAGGUGCAUGAAGUUCAUAUUAGAGCAGUAGCUUGUAGCCGUUGUAGGAAUUGAUCUAAAUUUUCUUCAGUUUCUUAGUUCAGCCGCUCUUGGAAGGUUUUUCUUACCUAGUUCAAGGAGAAUAAACAAAACCCAUUUUUACGUUUUCAUUGGUUUAUUUUGAGUUUGACUUUUGCACUUUUUUGUUUCUGAA